AAAAAAAAUGAUGUGGCAUCCAAUGCCAUGUCACUCACUCUUCCCCAAUUUCAUGCAUCACCGCCGCCGGCAUUACUCUCAGACCUCCACCAGCAACCAUCACUCUCUUUCUCCCUCUCAUUUGCGCGAGGAGCACAUCUAACCACCACCACUAGUUGCCUGAGGACGCCUGGCCCCCAACUCACACACUCUCUUACUCUCUAACAUUUGCAUAUGAGUCAACAAGGAAAGCAUAGAAUACUAAUGGUGUCCGACUUUUUCUACCCCAACUUUGGUGGAGUAGAGAAUCACAUUUAUUUUCUGUCACAGUGCUUGAUAAAGCUCGGCCACAAGGUGGUUGUUAUGACCCAUGCUUAUAAUAAUCGUUCAGGAGUGCGAUACAUGACUGGUGGAUUGAAAGUUUAUUAUGUUCCAUGGAAACCAUUUCUGAUGCAGAACACAUUGCCUACAUUCUAUGCAACACUCCCAAUUGUAAGAACCAUUUUGAUCCGAGAAAGGAUAUCUAUAGUGCAUGGGCAUCAAGCCUUUUCAACUCUAUGUCACGAAGCUCUAAUGCAUGCUCGUACAAUGGGAUACAAAGUUGUAUUUACUGAUCAUUCCCUUUAUGGUUUUGCUGACGUGGGGAGCAUUCAUAUGAACAAGGUUUUGCAAUUUACUCUAGCAGAUGUGAGCCAAGCUAUAUGUGUUUCUCAUACGAGUAAGGAAAAUACAGUUUUGAGGUCUGGACUGCCACCUGAAAAGGUUUUUGUUAUUCCAAAUGCUGUUGACACGGCUAUGUUCAAGCCUGCUCCAAAGCGACUCAGCAGUGAUGAAAUCGUAAUUGUUGUGAUAAGUCGGUUGGUUUACCGGAAAGGAGCAGAUCUCCUUGUUGAAGUCAUCCCUGAAGUAUGCAGUCUACAUCCAAAUGUACGUUUCAUUAUUGGUGGAGAUGGACCUAAACGAGUGAGGUUGGAAGAGAUGAGGGAGAAGCACUCUCUUCAAGAUCGAGUUGAUAUGUUGGGUGCUGUUCCACAUGCUAAAGUACAGUCAGUUUUGGUGACUGGACAUAUUUUCUUAAACAGUUCCUUAACAGAAGCAUUUUGUAUAGCCAUAUUGGAAGCUGCUAGUUGUGGAUUAUUGACUGUCAGUACACGCGUGGGUGGUGUCCCAGAGGUUCUUCCAGAUGAUAUGAUUGUUCUUGCAGAGCCAGAUCCUACUGACAUGGUAACGGCAAUCACAAAGGCAAUAGACUUGCUUCCCCAGAUUGAUCCACAAGCAAUGCACAAUCGUAUGAAGAAACUCUAUAGUUGGCAUGAUGUUGCAAAAAGGACAGAGAUCGUAUAUGACCGGGCUUUCAAAUGUUCCAAUCAGAAUCUCUUAGAACAUUUACCGAGGUACCUCUCUUGUGGUGCUUGGGCAGGCAAACUCUUUUGCAUGGUCAUGAUCAUUAAUUUUUUGUUCUGGGGUUUCUUGCAACUGUGGCAGCCUGACAAGGACAUCGAGGUCGUGCCUGAUAUUGAUCUCACGAGCUCUCAAAGUGGAGAGCAUGUAGAGGGCCCCUGUGCGAAUGAUAGUUAGAAAUCGAUGCUCGCCUAAACACUCAGGUUCAUUAUUUUGGAAAAGAACGAUAUCCUUUUCGAGCCAUACAUCGUCUUCUUUUUACAUUUUUAGAAUCUCAACUAUGCAGUCAAUUUGUAUUUAUAUGGCGUUGAUAUACUCUUUAUAUAAUUCAAUAUUGAUUUUCAAAUGAUUCAUAUCGUUGU